AUGGCUAGAAAAUUUGUUGUUGUGGCCGGUGUCCGUGCAGAGGAAGUAGUGAUAAAGAAUCAAACAAGAAAAAGCGCCGAGAUGACUGUGGCGACUGCGAUUUCACCGGUUGUUGUUGUGGUGAUGGAGGCGGAGAUGGAGAUGGAGAUGGAGAUGGAGGCGGAGAUGGAGGCGGAGGCGGAGAUGGAGGCGGAGGUGGAGGAGGAGAUGGAGGCGGAGGCGGAGGUUGAGGAGGUGGAGGUGGUGGAGGAUGUGGAGGCGGAGGUGGAAGUUGAGAUUGUUUAG